UGUGUCCGUGCAGUUUACCCCCUCAUCGAUACGUGCAACUGAUACUACCCGGGAAAACUCGACCUCACACGGCGGUCGUCUUGGCUGUGUGCGCGCGCCGCAAACUUUUUCCUCGCAUGCUCCUCGGCUCUCCCUGCGCCUGGCACGGACCACGAAAAAAAAAGUUUCGCUUGUGCGGGAUAAAAGGACGCCCAGGACCUGCCAAGGAAUUACUUUAUACACCGACGAGCCCUGUCGAGCUUGAAUUGCCAGCAAGAGGCACCCAUUCUAAGUAUAAAGGACGGACCCAAUCGGCACCAUACUCCCCAUACCAUUCCCCCCCGCUCUUUUCUCUCCACCCCUCCCCCCUGCCCCACUGAGCUCUCCGCUCACCCCUCCUCCUCCUCAACCGACACCCCCGGCCAAGAUGGACCUUCACCACCGAGCCGCCUUCAAGAUGGAGAGCUCAUCGUAUCUCCCUGGUCCAUUGGCGUCUCCAGCUCUCAUGGUGCUGGCGUCAACAGCCGACGCAAGUCGCGAUGCCUCGGCCCCGUGUCAGCAGCCGCGGCCGUUUGGCGCACCAGUGUCUGUCUCCGACAAGGACGUGCACCUACCUUUCGCCAACGGCUCCUACGCCUUCGCCUCCGUCUACCACCGGCAGCCUGGCUUUGGUGGCCGUGACUUUGCUCCAUCUCUCCUGCACCUGCACCACCAGUUUGCACCACCUGGCCUAGACUGUCCACCAUCCAUCAGUGUGCUUAACCACGGUGCUGUUGGAGCCUUCCGGCCCUUUGCUUCACCACCAGAAGAACGUGAUGCAGCCUCAGGGGCCUACCAAUCAGCUUUCACUCCAGCAAAGCGCCUCAAGGGCUGCCUGGAGGCAGAAGCGUCUCCACACCUGCGCUACUCAGACGCUGAGGGUAAAGAGUAUGACUACGGUGGCGCCCACGUGCCCUCAGGCUCACCCGGUGCCCUCAAGGCUGUGGAGGAUGCCGGAAAGAAAAUCUUCGCCGUCUCUGGCCUGCUGUCCGACCGCGAGGCCUCAUCCAGCCCAGAGGACCGCACUGAACGCUCCAGGGAGAAGCUUCUCCAUGCUGCCUCUUUUCCUCCUCCUCCUCCUCCUUCCCGGCUCUUUCUGGCUCUCCCCCUGAUGCGGAGGAGGCCGAUGUGCCACUCAGGCAAGAAGAAGGUGUCUCUGUAUGACAGCCAGGCUCCCAUCUGCCCUAUCUGCCAGGUUCUUCUGCGUCCUGGAGAGCUGCAGGAACACAUGGAGCAGGAGAUGGAAAGGCUCACCCAUUUGCACAUCAGUAAGAACCCAUCACCGAAGGAUCUCAGCACAGCGCCUGGCACGCCCAAGUCUCUCCUGCUGUCAGUGCACAUCAAGCGUGAGGGAGAGUCUCCAGUAAUCUCACCGCUGUCCUCCGACGACCCGCACCAUUCUGACAGAUACCAGACAUUUUUGCGAGUGCGGGCAAACAGACAAACACGACUGAAUGUCGGUGACCUCUGCUGGCGCAGGCGUUACGGCAAGGAUGUGCCCCGAGACGUGCCCCUAGCUCCCUACUGCCUACACGACGCUCGGAUCGGCAAGCUGAAGCGGCGGAAGCCAGAGGAUGGACAGGUAUGUCCACUGUGCAGCGCUCCGCUGGAAGGAACAGUUGAGGAAAUGAAUAGGCAUGUGGAAGAGUGUCUGUUAAAGAGGGAGGGCGGCAUGGAGGAUGACCAGGCCGAUAUGGAAGGCGAGAACGGCACCCGCUUUGAAGAGUACGAGUGGUGCGGCCAGAAGAGGAUCCGAGCGACCUCCCUGCUGGAGGGAGGCUUCAGAGGUACAGGCUUCGCCAUGUGCAGUACAAAAGAGAGCCAUGACAGCGAUGCCGACCUGGACGUGGACGGAGACGACACACUGGAGUACGGCAAAGCACACAGAUACACUGAAGCAGAUAUCAUUCCCUGUUCCGGAGAGGACCAAGGGGAGACCAAAGAACGUGAGGCACUCCGUGGAGCCGUCUUAAAUGGAGGCAUGCCGUCCAACAGGAUAACGCCGGAGUUCUCCAAGUGGGCUAGCGAUGAAAUGCCGUCCACCAGCAACGGUGAGAGCAGCAAGCAGGAGGCCAGCUCCGCAUCGACGUCCACUGUGCCCAGGACCUGCAAAAACAGUGAGAUUGAGAAAAUCACAGAGGAUUCCACAGGCACCACACUGGAAGCUCUGAAGGCUCGCAUCCGAGAACUGGAGAAGCAGAUCCUUAGAGGAGACAGAUACAAGUGUCUGAUUUGCAUGGAUUCCUACACAGCGCCCCUCACCUCCAUCCAGUGUUGGCAUGUCCACUGUGAAGAAUGCUGGCUUAGGACUCUGGGAAAUAAGAAACUGUGUCCACAGUGCAACACGAUCACAUCACCAGGAGACCUCCGACGCGUGUACUUGUGAACAAGUCACCAUCAGUGUCCAGAUUCUUCCCCCUUUUUCCUUUUUUGUCUAUUCUGUUCCGGUGGAUUUAAGUUUCCUCUUCCAGACUGAGAGUCUUGUGCCGAUAUUAACAAGGAGCUUCUGAUGUAGCAGCAAACUGCACAGGGACUUGUAAGGACUAUGUAUAGACUCAGUAUUUCCCUGUGAGUGAGAAGCUCCUCCCACUUCUUGCCCAGCCUCUGACUCUGCCCCCUUGUGGUGCUCCAUGUUACGGUGCAGGUCCAUAACGCUGCCGCCCGCUUCCCCGCUUCGCUUUGACACACACCCUCUGUCUGCUACGAUGGAGUGUGUGUUCGUGUGUGUCUGUGUGUGCAUGUUGGUGGGAUCUCUCUCAGCAAGGUCACUGAGCUUGUCUUCAGCUGGGAGCUUCAGCCCCUCCAUCCCGGCAGGGACAAAAAAAACAAAAAAAAAAAACAUCAACAAAAAAACAAAACGAAAGAAACUGAUGAUAGUUUAGCCUUCACCCUUCUGUCCCUUCCAUCCUUUUCUUCAAACUGUCAUUGUGUUUUUUCUCCCACUCUGCCAACAACCCCCCCCCAAUUUUCACUUCUUUUGUGGUGUUCUAGUGAUGUCAACCAAAUUCAAUGAAUCAGUGCAAGCACAUGUAUUAUAGUCUUGUAUGUUUACGGUGUUGUGAGUAAAUGACAUAGAGAACACACUUGUAUACACAUGCAUAACAUGCGCACACACUCAAAAAAAAAUGACACACAAGUAUAUAUUGCAGUUUUAGUUGGGGCCGGGGGUCGGGUGGGUGGGUGAGGGAGGGGCUGAUGUUUCAAUCUUUGUGGAAAAAGAAAUCCCUCUGUAUUUUUAAACGGAUGUUGUUGUCUUGAGGUUGAAGUUGUAUUUCAUUGUACAGGAAGAAAUUUAAUAAUAUUAAUAAUGAAGUACUCAAACUAGGCUUUAAAGGUUUAGGCUGUACAUUUUUGUUUUUCCAACUCUGAUAUACGGUAUAUACUGUAGAUUCAAAUCUAAAGCAAGCGAGCUCAUCUUUAUUUUUUCUUUCUCUUUUUCUUUUUUUAAAUAUCGGAAAGACUGAUUUUAAACUGUUAACCACCCUGAUGAUCCUUUCAAGUGACAACGGAAAUUGAGGAUUAAACAACUUUGAUCAUUGUCAUUUGGCGUAAGUUUGCUGCAAGCAGAUAUCUGCGAAAGGGUGUGAUUCUGUUCUUCCUUUCCAAGAUGGGUUAUAAAACAGGUUCAGUCAUAUUCAGCCCUCUAAUGGAAGACAACGAUGCUUUUCCUUUCUUCCUACAAGAAGGAUCAGAUAGGAUUGGAUGAUUGGAAGAUGGCUUGGUGCCUCCGCUCUCUCCAGGAGUGAGAUGGUGUACUUUUGUAUUUGUACAACUAUAUAUUGUGACUUUUCUUUUCUGUAUUGAUGUAAACAAGGGGUGGAAAAAGGAUUCAAGAAAAGAAAGCAAAUUGCUGAUCCCAGUCCCACAAUAAAUGGUCAAAUGUUGCUUUUCUUUCUUUCUUUCUUUCUUUUUUUUUUAAAUUUUCUAUUAUUAUUUGCACCAUUAGCGAGAUUAAUGGCUGUCUCCUUCAAUUCUGUAAAUAAACCAGUUUUCGAAUUUUCAACACUUGGAGUUGCCAAGCUUCAUAGAAGACAAGAGGCUGUCCAUAUCAGUUUAAAUGUAUGAGAUUAUCAAUCAGAGAUGAUAAGCCCUUUUUAAAUUUCUUGUUUGGAGAAAAAAAGGUUCUGUCCCAGUGAUGAU